GUAAUACCCAGUCAGAAUAGCAGAAUGUCUACAGAUAGCAUCAAUGACUUGAGAAAACGAUUUUAUACGUCUUCUAUAAUUUUAUCCAAUCUCAACUUGUUCCAAUCUGCAAAAUGGUGCGCAGAAGCAUUGAAUGGGUUACCCCAAGCUUCACCAGAUGCUCCUGCAAUUGACUUCUCUCUACCAGAAUUGGAUGAAGAUGAAAAACACGAUCAAGAGAAGUUUCUACUCGCUAAGACAUACUUCAACUGCAAAGAAUUCGAUAGAGCUGCCUAUGUCUUAAAAGAUUGCAAAAGUGGAAACGCGCUAUUCUUGAAGUUAUAUUCAACGUUAAUAUCUGUUGAUAAGAAAGCCACAGAAGAAACUGAUGGUUCGAUAAAUGUUGGAUCUUUGCAGAAUAGUAUCAGGACCGAGGCCGCUGAUAAUAUUAGUGAAUAUGGGGAUUCAAGACAACGUGAAUUGAUUGGAUCAUUAAAUUCAAAACUAUCCAAAGUCAUUAGAGAAUCAGAGAAUUAUCAUUCAAAAGGAAAUAAACCUAAUGCCUUCUUAUACUAUCUCAGUGGUAUCAUAUAUAACAAAAAGAAAAAAUAUAGCUUGGCACAGAAUAGUUUAUUCCAGUCUCUACGUUUAUUCCCUUAUAAUUGGUCAUGUUGGCAGGAACUUAUCGCAUCUUUGACAACUUUUGAUGAAGCUAUGUCAUUCAUUAAUAAAGCAAAAUCAGUUAACACCUCCUUGGUAACCAAUAUAAUGUUUCAGUUUUUUGAAGUUGUCAUUCUACAAGAGUUUUACCAGCAACUGGCAUCUUUAUCAGAUAGUUUAAAUACUUUACUAGAAACUUUCCCAAAAUUCAAUUUCUUAAGAGUUCAACAAUUUUUAAUUGCAUAUCAUGGCCUUGAUUACUUUCAAGCAGAAGCCAUUUUCGAUCAAAUCCUAAUGAAUGAUCCUUUAAGACUAGAUGAUCUAGAUACUUACUCCAAUAUGCUUUAUGUUAUGGAAAAAAGAUCAAAAUUGUCCUUUUUAGCACAGCUUGCCUCUCUGAUUGAUAAAUUUAGACCAGAAACUUGCUGUAUAGUGGCCAACUACCAUUCAAUGAAAUGUGAACAUGAAAAAGCUAUCAUGUACUACAAAAGAGCUUUGACUUUAAAUAAGAAUUGCUUAAGUGCCUGGACUUUAAUGGGGCAUGAAUUUGUUGAGUUGAAGAAUUCUCAUGCAGCCAUCGAAUCUUAUAGAAGAGCCGUUGAUACCAACCAAAAAGAUUUUCGAGCUUGGUAUGGAUUGGGACAAGCAUAUGAAGUAUUGGAUAUGCAUUUAUAUGCUCUUUAUUAUUAUCAGAGAGCAACUAACUUACAACCUUUGGAUAAAAGAAUGUGGCAAGCUCUUGGUAAUUGUUAUGAAAAGAUCGAUAAAUUGGAAGAAGCUAUGAAAGCAUUUGAAAAGGCUAUGACUAUAGAUAAUUUUAGUAAAACCGGAAAUGAUAAUCCUGAAGAAUUCAGUGUUGAGCCUCAUGUUUGUUAUAAAUUAGCAUUAAUAUCGGAAAAAUUAGGGAGACUGAAGGAUACUUAUAAAUAUAUGAGAAUAUGUUUUGAUCAAGAAUAUGAAUGGGGUAUAAGUGAUGAGACAUCCAAAGCAAGAUUAUGGCUAGCACGACAUGCUUUGGAAAAUCGCAGGUUUGAAGAAGCUUAUGAAUUAGCAAAAGAGAUGAAUCUCAGUAAUGCUCAUGACGUUGAAGAAGCCAGAUCAAUAGCUAGAGAUGCAAGAAGUAGGUUAUCCAAAUAGUUUGAUCCUUCUCCGUAAGGUUUUGUGAAAUUAUUAUUAUUAGUGUAUAGAUGUACAUAUCAAGAAGACAAAGGCAUACGGU